UUUGACCUUCGUGUGUACUGAGGUGUUCGUGAGAAACAAAGGACGCUGAAAUAGGCUGAUGUUUUCCAAUAGAUGACACCACACUUCCUAAGCUGAAUAGCGUGUAUUCCACGAGCUACAAGCUGUCAGAAUAACGUGCACCUUUAACUAUAAGUUCAAGAGGCAGGAGAUUUGUCAGAAAGUUUCUGAAAGCGUGAAUUGUUCUCGAAAUGUAACAUUAGCAAAAUAAGAUACUGAAAUACUGCACGUGUCCUCAGAAUUGUUGAAAAUAUUGGUAAAAAGGGAAAGCUACUUGAGAUGAACAGUUUAGAUUCAUCGGACGACGGGAAAGACGGUUAAAUCGAUGAAGAAUGCCACAUAUCCAUGGUCCAUCUUGAGUGAAAUAUGGAGUUGCGCUUAUUUUAUGCUCCAGGAUGUGACCAUUGGAGAUGGACGGACUUGGAGUACAACACCCAUGAAGGAAGUGCUCUCUGCAAAGCGAGUGAUCGUCAGAAAUGUAUAGAAUGUUUACUUUGGGAUGCUCAGCAGGAUAUUGUUUCGUCGUCAGAAGUACAAAAUACAGGUACUUUAAAUAUACCGAAGAAAAUUGAUGAGCCUGAAAGCUGUGAAACAAUUUCUAGGAAGGAUUUUUUGAGGUCCAAUGGCCGCAUUGAAAGAGGAAACAAACCAUUAAUUCACAAUGAUAGUCAAGGAGAAAGUGGUCAUCCCGAAAUACAAAACAAACCACUACUUAAACAGGAUGACAGUGAUUAUCCUGUAAUACAACAUACACAGUUACUCUACUUUCCGACUCAAGAGGAAAUUGGUCAGCUUGAAUAUCAACACACUUCUUUAUCCUAUUUUCAAAAUCAGGACAGUACUAAGUCCAAAAAACAACAUACAUCAUUAAUUGAUGUUAAUACUGAAGAGAACAGAGGUCAUUGCGGAAAUACUUUGAUACAUCAUUUUACUGCCCAUGGUCAAUCCGAAAAGCGAGAUGCAUCAAUACCUUAUGUUUACACCUUCAAGGACAAAAAUCAACUUAAGAAAAAACAUGUAUCGAAUGAGUGGAUAUGGAACUGGAGUAGUCGUCCUGAUCUUGAACCACCAAUGAAAUGGAAUUUCAGACAUCACAACAGCUUCAGCUUAAGGAAUUCGAAGGCAAUGAAACAUGGUCUAUUUUCGAAUGAAAUGCUAACGGUGCUACUUCUAAGUAACGUAAUUUCUCUGACAAUUGGUGGAGGUAUAGGGCUGUUUAUUGGUUGGCAUCUUGGUUGUACCUUACUGUCCAAAGUUCAAGCAGGAAACUUAGUUGUAAAUUAAUACAAUUUGGAACAUGGCCAGAAGAAUUAUAAGUCUUAAUAGUAUGAAAAAUGUGAUGUAAUAUUGGAGCAUUGGAACAAAAAAUUGGUUUCUCUUGUUGUUCGAAUAACUGAAAGUUUACAUUUAUAGUUGCAACUUAAGGGAGUUAAGAAAUGAAAGUAUUACAUUUACCUGAAACAAUAAUAUUUUAAGUCACAUGUCAAAAUUGUUUAAAUGUUCGAUCGUUUAAAGAUCAUUUUUAUAUUACUCUGUAUACACGUAUACAUUGAUGUAAUAUAGUUCUAGCAUUUCAGGUUCGUGUAAUAUUAAAUAGUACCUUUUCUUAAUAUUCCAUAAAACAAAAACAAAAAACUUUUUUCAACAUAGCUGUAGCUUAAUAGUUUUGUUUUGAGUUUACU